GAUGCAGUAUCAGUUAACGCAUUCAGCUACUCCAAUCAAGAUGCAGCCUACAAUCAUUCUCGCUCUGCUCUGCUGCAUUGUCGGUGCUGUGGUGGCAUAUCCGGCGCCCGAAGACAUGACAAUGCCUUCAACGCCACGGCCUCGGUAUCCCCUUAAUCUGGAGGGUGGCGGUGGUGCCCAGGAGCGCGAAGGAUUUACCUUUGGGCUGCGUGGCAGCGAGAAUGUGUGGCGGAGCGACAACGGGCGGCACGAGAUCGAUGUGAACGGCGGAUAUGCCCAGCGUUUGGGCGGACAAUGGGGCAGCUCGCAGCCCAGCUACAACGUUGGCACCAACUAUCGCUACAGAUGGUAGACUAUCCUACUACCCUCACCAUAUCUUUACCUGUGCUAUACCCUACUAUUUCUGAAAUAUUAUAAAAUAAACAUGCAUGUAUUUAUCCACAAA